AUGUCUGGGGCAACCUCAGGUAGCUUUUGGGGUGCGGCUGCAGGAGGUUUAUUCCUACUCUGGGUCACCUACAGCGUCAUUUACGCCUUUUGUUGGUCACCCUUGCGUCACUUCCCCGGUCCAAAGCUAUGGGCAAUGUCUCGCAUUCCGUACAAUCUCUCCGUCAUCCGUGGCUAUAAUCACCUGGACAUUCUGGACCUGCACAAGAAGUACGGUCCCGUCCUGCGGAUUACUCCCGAUGAGCUGGCCUUCAGCACAGCACAGGCCUACCGAGACAUCUACGGCGCCAGACCUGGCGGUUGCUUUCCCAAAAAUAGGAACCACUAUAUCGCCCCGGUGAAUGGGGUUGAUCAUAUACUCUGUGCGAUUGAUAAUCAAACUCAUGCAAGGCAAAGACGGCUGCUAGCCCAUGCCUUCUCCGAGAAGGCUUUAAGAGAGCAAGAAGGUCUUAUCACAGGCUAUGUUGAUACAUUGAUUACCAAACUACGGUCUGAAAUCCGCCAUGGGACUUCUAUAGUUGAUAUCAAAAGUUGGAUGAAUUUUACCACUUUUGAUAUCACCAGUGACCUGAUGUUCGGCGAGUCCUUUGACUGUCUGAAGGACAGCCAGCUUCACCCAUGGAUCAAGUUGAUCUUCAACUCCAUGAAGGCUCUUGCCUAUCUUGGAGCUGCAAAUGAGUUCCCCUUGCUUAAGAGUGUUCUGGACCUCUUUAUUCCGCGAGAAAUGAAGCGCGUUGGUCAGGAACACUUUGAUCUGGCUUCGCAGAAAGUCGACCGACGCUUGGAGUCGAAUAUGUCCCGUCCAGACUUUAUGUCUGCUAUUAUCCAGCAUGGGCUUAGUGAAGAGAAGGGGCAGUAUCGCGAGAGCGAGCGUAUUAUGUCUCGGGCUGAGAUUCAUUCUAAUGGAUUUAUUUUAAUCGUGGCAGGUAGCGAGACAUCCGCAACCCUACUAUCUGGCUGUCUAUUCUACCUGUGUUCAACCCCACACGUUAUGAACAAACUCGUCACCGAGAUCCGCUCAACUUUCAAACAGGACAGUGACAUGACCUUUCGCACCGUGGAAGAUCUAAAGUACCUGAAUGCUGUCAUCGAGGAGUCGCUGCGCAUGUACCCGCCCUUUGUGACGAGUCUCUCGCGCAUUGUACCGCAAGGCGGAGCCCUCGUGAACGGGCAUUUUGUUCCUGGGGAUACAACUGUGGCAUGUCACCAUUACGCCUCCUACCAUUCGGAAUCCAACUUUGCCUUCCCGGAUAAGUUCCUGCCAGAGCGCUGGCUGGGAUCUGACCCAGUCUUUGACAACGAUAAGAAAGAUGUCCUGCAGCCAUUUAGUCUUGGUCCACGCGUCUGCAUCGGAAAACAUCUGGCAAACUGCGAAAUCUGCCUCAUCCUCUGCAAACUCCUCUUCCACUUCGAUCUAACCCUACGCCCAGAGAGCACCAACUGGGUAGACCAGAAAGUAUUUUUCCUUUGGGAUAAGCCAGCUCUCAUGGUCUCGCUGAAAGACCGAUUUCCCAAUACGGAUGUAUCGAGUACUUAG